UAGUCGAAUGCAGCAGUAGUGGAGACAGGGAAUAUGUAACCGGUAUUUUUUUUUUUUUUACCGAUCUCUCCGUUGUGAUCUUGGUUGUACAUCACAGGCUACCUGAGCAUUUCCCCAUCCUCGAUCUGUGUGCGCUAUGAACCGUGAGAAGGACAGAGAAAACGGAAAGAUGAAGAUCUGGAGUACAGAACAUGUUUUCAGCUACCCGUGGGAGACGGUGAUAAAGGCAGCGAUGAGGAAGUACCCUAACCCCAUGAACCCUAAUGUUGUGGGAGUGGAUGUGUUGGACAGGAACCUGGAUACCGACGGACGGCUCCACAGCCACAGACUCCUCAGCACCGAGUGGGGCCUGCCAGGCAUCGUACGAGCGAUCUUGGGGACCGGUCAUUCCCGGACGUACGUCAAGGAGCACUCCAUCGUGGAUCCCGAGGAGAAAAAGAUGGAGCUUUAUUCAACCAAUAUAACUCUAACCAAUCUGGUGUCAGUGGAUGAAAGACUGGUUUACAGACCUCAUCCAGACAACUCAGAGGUUACUGUUCUGACCCAGGAGGCCAUCAUCACAGUAAAAGGAGUCAGUUUGAGCAGUUACCUGGAAGGAAUGAUGGCCCUCAGAAUGUCAGCUAAUGCCAGAAAGGGUUGGGAUGCUCUACCUAAGAUCUUCUCUGUGUGUUACUGUCUCUAUAGGGUUGGGAUGCUCUGCCUAAGAUCUUCUCUGUGUGUUACUGUCUCUAUAGGAUUGGGAUGCUCUAUCUAAGAUCUUCUCUGUGUGUUACUGUCUCUAUAGGGUUGGGAUGCUGUAUUUAAGAUCUUCUCUGUGUGUUACUGUCUCUAUAGGGUUGGGAUGCUCUAUCUAAGAUCUUCUCUGUGUGUUACUGUCUCUAUAGGGUUGGGAUGCUGUAUCUAAGAUCUUCUCUGUGUGUUACUGUCUCUAUAGGGUUGGGAUGCUAUUGAGUGGAUCAUUCAGAACUCUGAAAGGGAGAACGUUCCUCUGUGUGAGCUGUACUGACUCUGGUAACUACUCUUCCCUGGCUGAGCUUAGCAGCACCUGACUGGUAACUACUCUUCCCUGGCUGAGCUUAGCAGCACCUGACUGGUAACUACUCUUCCCUGGCUGAGCUUAGCAGCACCUGACUGGUAACUACUCUUCCCUGGCCUAGCUUAGCAGCACCUGACUGGUAACUACUCUUCCCUGGCCUAGCUUAGCAGCACCUGACUGGUAACUACUCUUCCCUGGCCUAGCUUAGCAGCACCUGACUGGUAACUACUCUAAUCUGGCUGAGCUUAGCAGCACCUGACUGGUAACUACUCUUCCCUGGUCGAGCUCAGCAGCACCUGACUGGUAACUACUCUUCCCUGGCUGAGCUUAGCAGCACCUGACUGGUAACUACUCUUCCCUGGCUGAGCUUAGCAGCACCUGACUGGUAACUACUCUUCCCUGGCUGAGCUUAGCAGCACCUGACUGGUAACUACUCUUCCCUGGCCUAGAUUAGCAGCACCUGACUGGUAACUACUCUUCCCUGGCCUAGCUUAGCAGCACCUGACUGGUAACUACUCUUCCCUGGCUGAGCUUAGCAGCACCUGACUGGUAACUACUCUUCCCUGGCUGAGCUUAGCAGCACCUGACUGGUAACUACUCUUCCCUGGCUGAACUUAGCAGCACCUGACUGGUAACUACUCUUCCCUGGCUGAACUUAGCAGCACCUGCCUGGUAACUACUCUUCCCUGGCUGAGCUUAGCAGCACCUGACUGGUAACUACUCUUCCCUGGCUGAGCUUAACAGCACCUGACUGGUAACUACUCUUCUCUGGCCGAGCUUAACAGCACCUGACUGGUAACUACUCUUCCCUGGCCGAGCUUAGCAGCACCUGACUGGUAACUACUCUUCCCUGGCCGAGCUUAGCAGCACCUGACUGGUAACUACUCUUCCCUGGCCGAGCUUAGCAGCACCUGACUGGUAACUACUCUUCCCUGGCCGAGCUUAGCAGCACCUGACUGGUAACUACUCUUCCCUGGCCUAGCUUAGCAGCACCUGACUGGUAACUACUCUUCCCUGGCCUAGCUUAGCAGCAGCUGACUGGUAACUACUCUUCCCUGGCCUAGCUUAGCAGCACCUGACUGGUAACUACUCUUCCCUGGCCUAGCUUAGCAGCACCUGACUGGUAAC